AUGACAGGUUGUAAGCCACUGAUGGUUCCGAUGGCACAAAAUUUGAAGCUGUUUGCCUAUGAUGAGAAGAGGAACCGAAAGGAGGACCUAUUGAAAGAACCAAGGAAAUACAGACGGUUGGUUGGUAAGUUAAUUUAUUUAACCAUGACCCAGCCUGACAUUUCCUAUUUUGUGCAGACAUUGAGUCAGUUCAUGCAAAUGCCAACUAAAGCACACAUGGCUGCAGCAAGGAAUGUACUGCGUUAUUUGAAAGGGACGCCUGGCUUGGGAAUAUUCAUUAAUUCAGAAGGAGAACUGCAGCUGGAAUGUUAUUGUGACUCAGAUUGGGCAUCAUGUGCCAUGACAAGGAGAUCCGUAUCUGGCUACCUGUUGAAGCUGGGAGGAUCACUUAUGAUGCGGAAGACCAAAAAGCAGCAUAUUGUUUCCAAAUCAUCUGCAGAGGCAGAGUAUAGGGCUUUAAGCAUGGCCACAUCUGAGAUAGUUUGGGCUGUUAGCUUGCUAAAGGAUUUAGGAAUAAGUCAUGAAGAUCCAGUAAAAAUAUAUUGCGACAGCAAGGCUGCAAUAUGUAGUCUUCCAUGA